UUUAUGAUCGCUCCUUGGCUUUAUGAUUUACUAACAAAUGAACAAUAUGAUGAAUUAUAUUAUAUUACACCAGAAAUAAAAACAGAACACGAACGGGAACUAAGUUUAUACUUAACAUCAAUUUUAGAAGACCUUAUAGCUAAAAAAAAGAAACUGGUCGAUCCUAUCGAUCUAGCUAUAAAAAAUCAAAAAGGUUGUAAUGAGAAAUUGGAUAUAUUGGCUACUUUACAAACCGAAUCUGCUAGUGAAAUUCACGAUAUAGCUCCUAAACCAAAAACCCUUAUAAUAAAGCCUCAUACAUAUACUCAUGAAAAAAAAAGUUUAUUUUCCGAACAUGUUAGUAUUAUGCAACGAUCAGAACCUGAGUAUGGU